CGAAUUUGGUGUGGGGCUCUGCAGUGGAAAAUAAUUAUUGGGAUAUUGACUAGGCACACCUUGACACGCCGACCUCUGACAGAGUCUGUCUUCAUAAUAUGACGUGUGAAACAAGGUUGUGUGUUGCUGAUCAUUAGGUUUGGACAGGAAUGCCAUGGAGAUGGGAGAGGUGAAGCAUAGUGGGAUUUGACGCUGCGGAUGCGGAUGCCAGAAAAGAAAAGGGCUAAUGCGCUUGGGCAAAGCGGAGUUGGAAGAGAGUAUAAAGUCUCUUGAUGCUUCUCUCAAGGAGAAGCUCUCUUCUCAUAACCCCUUGGAUGCUUGGAAAGUGGGUCUCCAUGACCGGGACCGCGUCGUGUCCACCAUCUUCAGUCAUUCCGUUCUUCCCGGUAUCUGUCCUCGGUACAGAAGAUAGUUCAGGCAUUGCCCACACCGGAGUUGUCCUUUCGGCACGAGCGUCUGUUGCUCCUCGCGCCUUUAUAGAAGCAAUGCUUCGCCAAUCGGCGCAAUAUCUAAUCUUCACUUAUCUUUCCAAGGCUCCGCCUUUCUGCGGACAUCGACCAUCUACGACCCACGCCCUGAAGAGUGCCAUUUAUCUCGCAACGUGUUGUGUUGGGGGGUUUUUCUUCACUGGAACGCGGAAGACCGAAUGGAAUUAUGUGGGCCUCCGUAAUACUUAGGAACCACUUACGAAUGCAGUCCUGUCGGCUCCCCGAGGCUCGUAGCAUCG